GUUGGCAUUAGUCGUGACCUGCCUAUUUGUGCUAUACAUACAAACAUUACGACAAAAAUGGGUACCUGGUUUAGUCACUUACUAUGGGGCGGCGAUCCUGAUGAAGUCAACCCUGUCUCAGGGCUGUCAAAACGAGAAAUUCAUGCUGUGCAAAAAUCUUGGACCCCUGUUUAUGCCAAUGCCCUAGCUACCGGAACGGAACUACUAAGAAGGUUCUUCCGAGCAUACCCCAAAACACUGGAGUUUUUCAAAAUGAUCAGAAAUGUCCCAGAAGAGGAAUACGCAAAUAACAUUCAAUUUAGAGCGCACGUUAUCAAUUUAAUGUCUUCUUUGAAUCAAGCGGUGAUAAAUCUACAUCAACCUGAGGUGGUGGUUGUGAUGAUGAACAAACUCGGAGAGUCGCAUGGUAGACGGAGAAUACAAGAAUAUCAUUUUCAUGAUUUAAAAGGAGUCAUAGUGAAUAUGUUUAUUGAAGUACUAAAAUUGGAUGAAGCUACACUUGGAGCAUGGGGCAAGACUGUUGAAUUCUGGUACAAGCAUAUUUUUGAAACUCUAGCCAAAAAUGAAACGACUAGUUAAUAAAAUUUACCAUAAAAGUGGUUUAGUUAGAUAAAUUAGACACUUAAUGCGAUAUAUAAUUUUUUUAUACAUAAAUUCAGACAAUAUGAGACUUUCGCAAAAAUACUGAAAUUUUAGUUUAUUUUUAUGUACCAUAAUGAUAUUGAUUAUGAUUCAAUUCAACAACAAAUGAAAGUGCAAUAUUUCGAAACUGAUACCAAAGAUAAUAUAUAAUGUACAUAUUUUAUAAUAUAGUUAAUUUUUUAAGCUUACCAAAUAUUAAUUUUAAUUUUAAUAGAACUGUUCAUAAAUCACUAUGCGAUCGGUCAUUAAGUUAGGAUAAUGCAAAAAUACCAUGAAUUGUAAUUAUUUUUACUCACAUUA